GCAACCUAAUCGGCCGAGCGCAUCGGUGCGGGGGCACGCUCGCAAGUCCACCAGCACACACCCUCCUGCUGCUGCAAUUCCCGCCUCCAGGGGCGAGGUCUUGACUUUCUCACCUGUUGCCGUCCCUUCAGGGGGACAAGCACCGGGUGUCCAAUGCGCACCACACCCACUGCCACCACAGCAGCAGCCGCCGCCGCCGCCACCACCACAACCCUCGGUGACAUUGGCCAGCCAGCCUACUGAAUUUGCACCACCACCUCCACCACCACCAGCAGCAGCAGCAGCAUCAGCAGUGACACCUGCUAAUGCUGGGCAUGAAGUUCUUCUACAAAAUCAGAACGCCACGAUGGUGGUCGCGCGCAAACUCAACGUUCAACGACCACCGCCUUCGACAGCCCCCAAGCCGACCCACCAGCGUCCCCUUCUGCCCCUGCCAACACCCAAGGUGCCCAUCCCACCCCUACACUCCUCCGUCCCUGCUCUCCCCAUCUCUCGAGCGUCGUAUCCCUCACCUGCAACCUCCCUUCAUGCUCUCCGUGCCUUUAGUCAGAACCAGGCACGCAGAGUCAGUAGGCGGCGCAGCUCUCUCGCUGUUACUCGCAAGAGGAAGUCUCCGAUGGUUCCACAGAAUCCUCCACCACCGUCUUCCUUGACCCCACAGCCAUUUUCAAAUGAUACUCCUGAAUCAACGCCAACAACUGCCGCAAACGCCGAUUCCGCGCAAUUAGUUGCCGUCUCAGUGGCACCGUCGAUGCCAUCUCAGCCGAGUCAAGGCGAAAUCAGUUUCCCAUUUUCUCUGGACGGGUACUCCAACACCUCGACAAGCGAUUCCCUCAAGUCCCUGCUCAAUGCCUUCAUGGCCAACGCACCACCAGGCAUGGAACUGGUGACUCCGACAAAGGAGGCCCCCCAGCCCGCGUCUUUUCCCAUGCCCUCCCCAGGCCUGCUCAACUUUGGCGCUGAGAGUCAAACUACUACAGAUAUGCCUCACCACGAGGACACCUCCUCCUCCUCCUUUUCGACAUUCAUCAAUACCCUGGCGGCGCAGCAAACAACCACGCCGCAUCCACCGGAUGCCUCAAUGUCAGAUUCAUUGGAGCGCAAAAUAUACCACGAUAUGCUGCAGACACCGGGAACGUCAACACUGGAUCCGCCUACAAGUGACGCUCCCACUCUACUCCUAACCUCUUGCGCCGAUGUCAAGUACGAGCCUGUCGACUCAAGUCAAUCUGUAAUUCACCAACAGGCACAGAACCAUCAAUUACUGAGCCAGCAGUUUCGGGUCAAUAAGGAGCAGAAUAUUCACGGAUUCGGGGUAUUUACCAGCCACCCCCCUACCGACUAUCCCAAUCCACCGACAUCAAGUAAACAGGAGGACGUUUGA